GGACCGGCGGGGGCGGGGAGUCUGUCUUAGGGGCAGGCACGCGGGCGGCGGGUGUUUAGGAUCAAUGAGCCAAUGCCCAGGGCAGAGCCUGGGGCAAGGGGUUAGCGGGACCCCCCCCUGUUGUGGGAGGGGAGGGGGCAGCUCUGCAGAGACGCUGCCCUGGGGACAGAGCUGCAGGUGGGGCUCAAGAGCUGCUGGGGGCAGCAGCUGAAGGUGACGCCCAAGGAUUGGGGCCCAAUGCUUUACAGCUUCCUGUGUCUUAAAAGCGCUGUAAGAUGGUGAACGAAUGCAAACAGCACCUCGUAUUGUGGAACAAACAAGAGGAUGGCCAAAUCUGAACCUCGGGAAAGAAACUAUGACAACAUGGUAAAAAUGCUGGAGGACCUGAACAGGGAUUUAGAAAAACUUCUGGAAGAAAUGGAGAAACUAUCAGUGCAGGCAACCUGGAUGGCAUAUGAUAUGGUGGUAAUGCGUACCAACCCAGACUUGGCCAACUCCAUGAGGCGACUGGAAGAUGCAUUCCUGAACUGCAAAGAAGAGAUGGAAAAGAACUGGCAAGAGAUGCUGAAGGAAACUAAAGGCACUGAACAAAAACAGGAAUAAACAGUCCUCAUAUCUGUCGGUGAAAUUGCAACAGGAGAUCAUUUCAGACUCAUUUUGUUCAGUCAGAAAAUAUCUACUGAUGCCUUACAAAUGGAUUAUCUUCUAGUUUAUUAAGCAUUAUUGUUGUGACUAUAUAUAUACACAGAUGUGUUCUGCCAAAUACAUGUAUUGUUGAAACAAAAAGUUAACAAUGUCUCUGUUUUUAAUCUAUUCUUAUCCUAUGAUUUUAGGCAUAGUAUUAUAAUUAUAUUAUAUUUAUCAUAUACAUAACUGAUCUUUUUUUGAUAUCUUCCUGGAGGAUCCCAAUCUGAUUUACAAAUUGUAGAUUUAGAAAUCUCUUUGCCCUCUUCUAAAAAGCAGAUGCUUCUGCAAUGGAACACAGCAUUAUUUUGCUUUAGCAACUGGCCUUAGGAAGAAAAACAAAGAGCAAUUUCUCCAGUUGAAAGAACAGAUACAAUUCCAGAUUGACCCAAUAUGGUUCAAUAUGGGUUGAUUAUGUUCAGACAUCCAUAGUUAUUUCAUAGUGUUUCUUUGACUUUUUUAACCUUUUCUAUGUAUUGUUUCUCAAAAUUGUCCCAGAAAGAAAGCUGUUUUAAUCUCUCUGUUGUAAAGAAGUUGUAUGUGUUAUUACAGUGAGAAUUGUAUGGUG